AGUCAUUCGGGACGGAGGCCAAAAAACUGUUUACAUCACUGUUCGAGAAGGAUCGGGGGAGGCUGUCCGGCUGGCACUGGCUGGCGGAUGUGGGUAUAUAAAAGCGGGCAGGGAGAGCUGGGCACUGAAGUUGGUGCAUAGAAUAGACGUGCCACCCCCAGACGAGAUGGACAUCGCCAUCCACCAGCCCUGGUCGCGCCGCUCAUUCUUCUCCUCCUUCCUACCCAGCCGGAUCUUCGACCAGCAUUUCGGGGAGCCGGUGGCGGAGUCGGAGCUGCUGCCGCCGUUCCCCUCGCUGUACUACUCCCGGCCCUGGUUCCUGCGCCUCCUGAACUGGGGUGACACCGGCCUUUCGGAGAUGCGCACGGACAGGGAUCGUUUUGUGAUUAAUCUGGACGUCAAGCACUUUUCCCCGGAGGAGCUGUCAGUCAAGGUCAACGGCGAGUUCAUUGAGGUCCGAGGAAGGCAUGAAGAACGCCAGGAUGACCACGGCUUUGUGUCGCGGGAGUUCGUCCGGAAAUACAGGCUGCCGGCAGGAGUGGUGCCGAGCGUGGUCACCUCCUCGCUGUCCUCCGAUGGCGUGCUGAUCAUCACUGCGCCCCGCAAGCUGGAUGACGUUCCUGAGCGCAACAUCCCUAUCACCCGAGACGGCAAGCCCGCGGUGGCCUCAUCACAGGAGAAGUAGAGCUGCUGGUGUCUCCCCACAAAAACACCCCCACCUGCCCCUCGAACCCCACACCCCUGGCUCCAUUUUAGGUUCAUCCCCCUCCCAUGCCUGAGUUUCCAACUCACACCCACUCUUCUGAAGGGUCAUUGCUUCACAAAUGUGCCUCCUGACUUCCUGUCACAUGACCAGACUAUUCUUGAUGGGGUCUGUAAUAGUGCCUCCUGACUUCCUGUCACAUGACCAGCCUGUUCUUGAUGGGGUUGUAAUAUAAUGAAGUGCAUGUAAGCUUGUGCUUGUAUACAUAUGCGUGUGUGGAUGUUCUGUGUUUUCAUCAAAUAACUGACAGCUCAAAAAUAUGCCAAAGACUGAUUGUUACUGCUGAUUAAGUGUGACUGCAAUAGCCGACACCAAAUUUCCCACAUGUGGCAUCAAUAGGUGUCCAUGCCCACUGGAAAGAAGAGAGGGUCAUAAAUGUAUGCAACUCAUAAUGCAGCGUGUACCAGAGGGUGAAGCGUGUUGCAGUAACAAGGAGUCUUAUGUCAGCUGGAUGGAUUCUUUGUUCCUCUUCUCAGUAAAGAUGUUUCCCUCGUGGUCUUUUCCAGGAAAAGCACAGACUGUUCACACUCCAAGCCAGCAAUAAGAGGUAGACCUUCAGUGCCAUAAAGACAAACAGCAACACCAGUGAAGCGAUGAGUAAAGUCCUAGAACAAGAAGGAACUGGUUUAUAUCCUAUGUGAUUUGCAGGGGCAGCAUGAGAGUCGAGUUAGAACAUGCAAAUAAGGUCUGAGUUCAUAAAGUAACAGACCAAAAUGGUGGAUUCUACCGCUAAUGAUUAAUUACUCUUCAGUUUAAAAUGCUAACUCGGCCUGACAGAUCUUAGGUUAUGAGUAACUAUGGUCCAGUAACAGAGUCUGCGAUAUGGGUGUUUGGUUAUAAAUGGGGCCUGGUCUCAUGGAUGGUGGUUUUGACUGGAAUGUUGGUCACCGAGGACCAUGUGGGACAGAGAAAACAGUUUGAUGCGCGUGAGCACGAUGGCCAAGCGUCUGCCCCACUGUUGACGAGAUUGUGUAACUCUGUUAGUCCAGUUGUAAUAUGUAUUGGACUGGUGUUGACUUCAGAGUGUAAAAUCGUCUGAGUUCCUGCCUGAGUGUUAACUAUCGGAUGAGUCGUGAUCAUUGUGACAAAAGCGUGAGUUCGGGCCAACGUGCCGGUGUGAGGUGUGAGGUUAUCUAAAAUAUCAGAAGCAUUGCUUGCACAUUCCACCUGCAAUUAGUUCAUUCCGGUGAAACUACUGGGCUAUGAGUGGCAUGAGAUCAGGAAGUCUUGCAUUCAAGUGAAGUCAACAUUUGGCAUUUCCAGUGGGACCAGAUACAAAUACAGAAGACACAUUUUCACAUGCCUUUAUUGUAACUCCUGCAGAACAAGAACAGAGAUAAGGAUGUUUGACCCUCUGUCAGUAACAAAUGAUUGUUGAUUGGCUGAGGAGGAGUAGCUGACCCAGGCAUGGAAACAUGAUUGGAUGUUGUGUUGUUGGAAGCCUUGGAGGAGAAGGUGUAUGGGCAGAUAGAGCGUUCACGAGGGUAUGAAAAAUCUCCUAUAGCCAGCAGCCCCGAUUUGCUGAUGAUUUUCAGGCUAUUUUUAUGUUUCUGCAAAGAGCUCAAUUGGAUAGACAUACUCUGUGCUGGACAUUUGGACUCCUCCAGUUUAUCUAAACACUUCCUAUCUGAAGCUUUUCUUAUGGAUCUAAGUGACAACUUCAGUUUUGGUUAAUGACAGCAAGGUGUGCAACACACUGAGAACAGCAGGUGGCGUAUUGGUUGAGGUAUCGCAACCGGCAUGUCACAAUGGGGAAAACGUUGAGGGGCCGAGGUAAAUUCUCACAAUGAAGUGACCCCACCCCUUCCCCCUCACAGGUCAGUCUCUGACCCUUAUGUAGGCUAUGAAGCCAGCAGUCCAAUGAGUGAUAAAAUGGGCCAGGUGACUGGGGUGAACUGGGUUUCCCGUUAAUUACCAUUCCUCUGCCAUUUCCACCACUUCAUAACCAAACAAUCCCCACAAUCCCUAUUAACAUAAUAGCUUUAUUCAUGUGUGACAAUAACAGAGAAAAUAAAGAGAACUGGUUAAAAAUGACAAA